GCAACUGGUAUUGUAGGUAUAUAUUUUUUUUAUGUUUCAGUGAUCUUAUUGAAAGAUGAUGGGUCUUUUCUGUUGACGUGUCUCAGAUUCUGUGUCUGUGAUGGUCAAGGCGUAAGGAGUGUUGUGUGGGCGUUAUGCUGGUUGGCCUCCACAAGUGCGGCUGCAGGCCUGAAUUCCUAAGCAAGUGGGAGCAUAAGGAGUUGUCCCUUCCUUUUGACCUAUCGUAGUUAUACAAUGGCGGGCACUCAGCAAGACAAGGACAUGCUGUAUGGAGACGGGGACCAGUCACCGGUCGCAGGAUGGGCAUCAACGAAGAUGAGGGCUGAGGCAGGAGAACGGCUCAUUCAAUUCAGUCCAUGGAUAUUGCAAGACGUCCUCCACUGUAGCGUCUUCUGUGGUAGAGUAGAGCAUGUGAAACAGCUGAUGGACCUUGCAGAGAAUUGCAGCGGAAAAGGGACUGGUGCAACUGUUGAGAAGUGGCUGGACAAGCGAGAGCCUUCAAAUCGGCUUAGUGUGUUGCAUUUGGUUCUCUUAGGGAAGUUCAUGGUCGAGCUCGGUUUGGGUCCCUCUCCUCCUGAGGGGCCCAUUCAGUACAUAAAGCUGGCAGAGUAUUUGAUAUCGAAAGGUGCACGAGUGAAUGCCCGCGAUUGGUGUGGGCAGACGCCCUUGCAUUAUGCAACCGGACGUUGUCCGCAGUUAGAGAUUGCGCGGAUGCUUGUUGACAAUGGUGCGGACGUGGAUGCCAAGGACAGAAUGGGGGUCGUGCCGAUCGCUGAUGCAGUGUUCUAUUCACACGUUGAAUGUUGUCGUUUCCUUGUCGACAUUGGAGCUGACCCGUCUAUCAAGAACGCUGUCGGCCUCACGGCAGUUGAUAUGUGCAACCAGCCUGGAUGUCCAACAUACAAGUUGCAGAAGAUCCUUGCAUGUGCAAAAACUGGACGUCGCAGUCGUUCGCGACAGCGAGAUGGCGCGGGCAAGAAUAUGGCAGGGAAGGGGUCUCAAUCCACAGCAAACCCGAAUGUGCGAGCGGGCGGCAGUGUCCCGGUUGAGAAUGCCACGGAGAGUUGCUCAAAUACUGUAGAUGCCGAGGAGCGAUCUGGGAUAAGUGGUGGUGAUGUGUCGGGUCUGACGCAGUGCGGGAAAGAUUGCGAUGCGGAUAACUCCCCAGCCGCUUCAUCAACUACAGAAAGAGAGGGUUGUAGCAAUGUCGAUGGCAAUGGGAGUGGUAUUGUGGAGUGCAAAAGGAGAGGAGGACGAGAUGUGGAUGCAGAGCCAGAGGAUGACUACAGUUUGUGGACCAUCCAGAAGCUUUUGCGCCAUUUAGAGGCGGCGGGUGUGAACAUUGAUGAUUGCUUGGAAAAGACCGAGUUGGUGGCAAAAGCAAGAGAGCUGGGCUGGGGCAGAAGGGAUGUGAAGAGCAGGCCUGCGGCAGAGAACGGAGGCAGUGGGGGAAAUGGGAGGAAUGCUUCAGUCCCGGCGAAUGGAGAGAAGUCUGGCAGCGCUACUGUUCGUAAAGAACAGUGUUCAUACUGCAAGAAGAAGGGGGCAGUGCUCAAAUGUUCCCGCUGCAAGACCACGUUCUAUUGCAAUCAGGCUUGCCAGAAAGCGCAUUGGAGUGUCCACAAACGACAAUGUCCGCCGAAGAUGAAGAGGCCUGGAGAAUCAGAGAAAGUGAAAGACAAGGAGACAUCUGUUACGGUGGAUGUAACGUCGGAUAGCGACAAGGAGCAGUUCUUGUCUUUCCACUUAGCGUCAUUCCUCAAGGGAAGAGGUCCCAUUGGUAUCAACACACGCUCAACAGAGAAUGCACCUGGAGGAAAUUUCAAAGUGAAAAUUCAGACUGCUGUCUGGUCACACGACACUGAUGACGUCUCCGCCUUUCCGAUGCUCUGUUACAAUAAAGACCGUUCUUUCCACUGCACUAUCCCUCCAUCCAAUGAACACUACUCACGAAUUCACGACGUUAUUGCAGAGAAAGGGUGUGGAGGAAUCAAGGCAUACUUCGACGCAUUCGUACCCCGCAAAGGGCAGCUGACGGUGCUGCUGGACUCGGUUGUCUCAUGGAAAGAUUGGUGACGAGUUGCUUUUCUGAAGCAGAAGAAUGUGGCGGAAAGGGGGGUUAGAUCCAGACACCUUUGGUAUGUUGUUUAGUGGAGUGGGGCCCACUUAAUGAUGGAGAGAGAAGUUUGACUACUUGGGAGAGGAAGAGCAAUGGAAGGCUAGCUCAGUGAUGAAAUGAAUCCGCCAAGAGGAG